AUGUUCUGUGGUUUCGGCUGCUGUCUAAGUUCCUUCGGCCUGCUCAGGCGUUCCUGGUUUUCUCAAGGCUUCUUUCCUAUCGGAGAUGAGCUCUUGGUCCGCCUCCACGACUGGCCCCCUGAGGCUCCUCACGGCCUUAUUGUUAGUGGGAUCAGCCUGUGCAAUGGGCCGCGCUCCACAGCGGCGGCGGAGCCGGAGCCGAAGCCGGCGGCGGCCACGGGAGGAGCCACGGCAACCUCGACCGGAGAAUACGAUCGCCAGCCGGGCUAUGGGCAGCCACCGCCUGCUUACGGCGGCUACCCGCCGCCACCAGGUUAUGGCUCUUAUGGCCCUCCGCCGGGCUAUGGAGCCCCAGGAUACGGGCCACCCCCCGGUUACGGGCCUCCUCCUGGGUAUGGGCCUCCGCCGUAUGGCUAUGGAGCCCCAGGCUACGGCCCGCCAGGUCACUACCCACCACCAGGCUACGGCCCGCCACCCCCAGGUCCAGGCUACGGCCCACCAGGGGUCUGCCUGGCUGAUGUUUUGGGAAACCUGAAAUGGGGUCCCAGUGGCUUCUCUGGCCGUCAGACUGGAACCCUGAAGUCCUUCAACCCGAAGCAUGGCUUUGGCUUCAUCGAUUGCCCGCAGGUGAGGCAUCGCUUUAGCAGGGACGUCUUUGUCCACAAGGCACAGAUCGGCGACUUGGAGGUCGGCCGAAGCCUCGGUGAGGAGCUCAGCUUCCUGCUGGACACCAACAAGGCUGGCACCUGGCCGGGCCCUGGCAAGAAAGGCACGGGGGGCGGGGGAGCGGUGCUAGGGGAGGAAGCGCCUGCCGCCAACGGUGCUCGCCUCUGUGAUCCGGGCCAGGGAUUGCUCUGGAGCUUGCUAUUGGCCUUAUCCGGUUGCGUCGGCCUAGCCGCUGUUCAGACGUUUCAGGGAAAGAAGAAAGGAGAAGACGGCGGAGGCGGUGAUGGCAAGGCCGGGCCGCGAUUGUUGCGGUUUGAAGGUGUGCAGCCGGUAGUGACGGCAAUUAGCAGCUCCGCUACCUCUUGGUGGGAUGAGCUUGCAAACCAGCCUGCAGCUGCUACUCCUGCUCUCAAAGAUGCAGAUGGCGACAGCGCCAAGGCUGAAGCCACAGAGACGGCGCCAGAAACCCAGAAAGCUGCCUCUUCCAAGCUCCAAGCUCGAGCCGCGCUGCGCUUGCUGGCGCUGGGCCUGCAGAUGACAGUAUCUUUUUGGAGGCUCCUGAAGACGAGGCCGGCCGAGAAAGCCACCACAGCGGAGGAACCGAAGCAGGGAGGCCUCGACGGCGAGGAGGCUGCCGCUGCCGAGCUUGCACCUCAAAAGGCUGCAGCAGAAGCUCCGGCCGCGGAAGCUCCGGCAGUAGAAGCUGCGGUUUCAGCAGAAGCUCCGGCCGCGGAAGCUGCGGCUGUAGCAGCGGACCAGCCAGCAGAUUCUGCGGGGAAAGCUCCCGAUGCUCCGGCAGAGGCGCAAGCCUUGACGCUUUAUUUGGUGGAACAUACAGCCUCGGCAAGGCUUCCGCUGAGGCCAGCAGAGCCUCCUACGCCGACCGCGCAGCACGCGCCCGAGGCCACCGCCAGCACGACAGGGGUGCAGCUGGGUCCCAGCUGGAAAGUCGGGGGGAUUCAGACUCCAGGGCACGGGUGGCUCGGGCCAACUUGUACAGGAGCUGGCCACUGCAAAACUGCAUCAGGCUUAGCCACUUCGUUGUUUCAUGGUACCAAACUACAGUGGCAGAAGAAGCACCGCACACCCGGCCGCACCGAGGCCAGUGGAAGCCUCUAA